GCAGCCCCCCCCGGAGAUGCCCAUAGUGAUCGACCACGUGGCCCUGAGGGACAUCCUGGGUCCUCCUGUGUUUGAAAUGGAGGUGUCUGAGAGGCUCACCCUGCCAGGUGUCUCUGUGGGUCUGGCCUGGACGCCCCUCGGCGGGGAGAUUCUGUUUGUGGAGGCCAGUCGAAUGGAGGGAGAAGGUCAACUCACUCUGACCAGUCAGCUUGGAGACGUUAUGAAAGAAUCCGCCCAUCUGGCGAUCUGCUGGCUCAGAGCAAAUGCUAAAACCUACCAGCUAACCAACAUGGUGGGUGGCCCAGACCCGCUAGAAGGGACAGACAUCCAUCUCCACUUCCCAGGUGGAGACGUCACCAAGGAUGGCCCCUCUGCAGGUGUUACCAUAGUAACGUGCCUAGCCUCGCUGUUUAGCGGCUGAUUGGUCCGAUCGGACGUCGCCAUGACGGGAGAGAUCAUGCUGAGGGGGCUGGUGCUGCCGGUGAGUUAUCACACUGCAGCACAUAGCGGGUGGUGAAUGUUUCAUUUAGGUGGGCGGCAUCAAGGACAAGGUCCUGGCGGCCCACAGGGCGGGAGUGAAGCGCGUUAUCCUCCCAAAACGCAACAACAAGGACCUGGAGGAGCUUCCAGCCAACAUCCGAGCCGACCUGGACUUCGUCACAGCCGCCAACCUGGACGAGGUGCUGAACGCCGCCUUUGACGGAGGGUUUCCAGGGGCGGGCCACACCCACACCCUGAGCAGCAAACUGUAACACACAGGACGGGUCCCUAACUAGACCUAAAAGAGCAGUGAGUGGGUCGUCAGCGUGGACCUCUUGGAGUCAAAGGACUUUUGUAACUUUGUUCGCGCCUUGCUUUUAAGAUCUUUGCAUUCAAAGGAUUAUUUUCCUAUUGAACAGACAAUUUGAGACAAAUCAAGCUAGAGCACUUGGUUUGGGGGGGUUACAGCCUCUCAGCAUCAGCAUCAGAUUUUAUAAACUUGAUCCCUAAUGUGUUCUAAUGGUUUGGUGUAAUGAGGGUGUUUACAAUGUGGAAUAUCUAAUGAGGACUAAUUUUUGACAGUUUGAAUUUAAAAAGAAGACAAAAUAGUACAUAUACACAAUCCAUUGGAAAUGAAGAUAAUUCAGAUCAGAGCACCGAUUUGGUGGAUGGGACACAAACGACUGCAAUCAUUUUGAUCAAUUCAGAAUGUAACCUCAUCUAUGGGAUCAUUUUCUCUGGACUUUCUGUUCUUAACGUGAAAGUAUCUCAAUCCAAAGCAUUGUGUGACGUAUGUAGAGACCAAAUUAGAACUAACAAGGCUCAUUGUAACUAUAUACACCAAUAAUAUUGCUAGUUGAAAUGAUUCUGCUUUGGGGAACAAAAGCGGUUGUUUUUUUUCUUCAACUUCUAAAAAGAUUACAUGAUUACAUGACCUGCAUAUUGUUUUAGCUCUCGCUAACUAUGAAAUAAAGCAACCCAAUCAGUUUGUGUGCUGCGUGAUUCAACAGCCACUCUGAUUUUUGUAUAUUUAUUGUAGAUAUAUAAUGCUUUCAGUCAUACCUAUUUGGCAGUACUGUGUACAUACUGUAAACCCUGCAGAUAUCUCUCCACAGAGGUCAAGCAGCCUUAAGUAAACACAACUGUUUCCUCCUGAAGUGCCGAUUCAUGCGUAGGUGUAAAACACUGUAGCAUUCGUUGUAGUUUUUGAUGACAAACUUGAUAUACUAACCACUUUGUUUUUCUAAAAUAGGUUGUUUUAAAGAUGCUUAACAUUUUGAAAAUGGGUGAAAUGAUCUAAAGCUGAAAAAAGUGUGCCACAGAUGCAAUUCCUUUUUUGCCCCUUCACCCUGUAGCGACGUAAUCUGAAACACCAGCGUGCAGCGUCUCUCUCUCUCUCUCUCACGCUUGUAUUCAGACAGCCAUGAAAUGAUUAAUGCAGGUUUGACAGAACAUUUCCACAGGCGCAGAAACGCCAUCAGACGAGUGCUGUGCGUUCAGGUUUUACACCGACACUUUUACAGGAUAUGCAAGCGCUUGUUGUGUUUGCAAUUCAUUUCAAAUGAUAAAACAAAUUAAAGAAAAUGUGUAUUAUGCAGCUGUGCACAGAAGAUUUGUCUCUAAGUUGACGAGUAGCUUUCAAGCUUGCAACAACCGUUUAUGGCCACUUGGGGGCAGCGGUAAGAAGCUGCAUUUACAACAUGGACAUGCAUUGGAGGUUCUCAUGGUUUCAGUUUAAAUAAUCCUCUUGUGGAAGAAGUUGGAGCGGGCCGACACAACGGACAAAGAGCCGUCUCCACCUGGGAAUACUUAUGUCUAUCUGGGUGACCACGAGGGACUGAUGUAAUCUAAAUAUGUUUGUCUAGGCAUACAUUUCAUUCUUAUGUGUGUUUAUCACCUGCCGUGGACGAAGUUGUUUCCAACCAAAUGAGAGUUUAAAGACAACGGAGUUUGUUUCAUUAAAUCAUGAUGAAAGAUGGCGUGGAAAUUAUACAAGAAGACGUAGAAUUAAGGCAAUAAGUUUUAUUUACAUUGCAAUGAUUAAAAUGGGUAAUUUGCAGACAAUAUCUCAGGCAGUCGCAUUAUGUCAUCAGGAAAAUAACUAUUUAAUUCCGUGAAUACUGUGCAACGUAUCAGCUAUCGUCCCUAACAGUGUCAGACGCCUGCAGCAGCACCUGCUGCUUUGUCUGGCUUCAACGUUAUUCUUUACCGACGGGUUACAGAACCGUUGGGCUUACCCGGUAUUUACAAACCGGGAGGAAAGACUCAUCGGCGUGUAUGAAAAUACAGGCGUCUAAAAGCCUUCUCGGCUCUCCGUUGUUACGUGAAUAAACCGGACAACUAACUAACGUUAGCAUAGCGAUUACACACAUUGUGAAAUUAAAAAGAUGACAAAGGACAAUUUCAGCUAAGCGAUAGUAGCGACAACAGCGCAACUUGUGCGAG